AUGCUCUGCUCCUUUGGCCUAUUGGGCCUACUGGUUGGAGUCGCACUGGCGGCUCCGGCGGCAAAUCUUGCUGACAAGGACUCCGAUCUCAUUGCUGAUCUACCCGGGCUCACAUUCGACCCAACAUUCAAACAAUAUUCCGGUUAUCUCGACGCUUCUUCAGGAAAUCAUCUUCAUUACUGGUUGGUCGAAGCUCAGACAAAUGCUCAAAAUGCUCCACUUGUUCUAUGGCUUAAUGGUGGCCCAGGAUGCUCGUCACUAUUAGGAAUCCUUUCCGAAAAUGGUCCAUAUCGAAUUGCAAAGGAUCAAAAAUCGGUCAUCGAGAAUCCAAACUCUUGGAACAAAGCUGCCAAUAUCUUGUAUCUUGAAUCGCCGCGUGAUGUUGGAUUCUCCUAUCGCGAUUCGUCAGCACCAAAGGACACCGUCUACAAUGAUGUGAAAACAGCAGCCGAUAACGCUCUUGCUCUCGCGCAAUUUUUCCAAAGAUUCCCUGAAUACCAACAUCGAGACUUCUAUGUUACCGGUGAAUCUUAUGGUGGGGUCUACGUUCCAACUCUUACUAAUUUGCUCAUCAAAAUGAUUCAAAAUGGAACCCUUGCAAACGUUAACUUAAAAGGUUUCGCUGUUGGCAAUGGUGCGCUAAGUCGAAAACAGCUGACCAACUCAGCAAUCAACUUGCUCUACAGCCGAGGAAUGAUCGGAACCGCUGAAUGGGAAAACUUGAAGCCGUGCUGUUCGGAAGUCCAACAAGGACCAAUUAUUGACUGCGAUUUCUCCAAGUUUGUUACCUUUAACGAUUUUGGAGAUCCGGUGCCACUAAAUAAUACCAAUGAUCCGCAGAGCAUUCAAUGCGCGCAAAUGGUUGUCAAGAUGUCGUUGAACUCCGUGUGGAUGACAUACAAUGACGUCUACAACAGCUAUCAAGAUUGCUAUGAUUUUUCUGACAAGAGUGGUAACAAUGAAGAAAUUCACAACGAGAUUCAUCGAAAGACAAGUAGAAGACUUAUGCGAAGCGCACUAUCGACUACUGGAGCAAGCAGCUUGAAUCUUUUCAGCAAUGGUGUCAACCCAUUUGUCGAUCAAGGGGCCCUUAUCAAUACUGAUUCAACUGAUGCUCUUAAAGGAUAUCCUUGUUAUAAUGAUGAUUCUACGAUCAAUUACUUGCAAAGAAAUGAUGUUCGACAAGCUUUACAUAUUCCUGACAGCGUUCAAGCAUGGGAUGAGUGCAGCGAUGACAUCAACGAAAAAUACUACAUUCAACAAACGCCUGAUCUCACGGACACCUUCAAAUCCAUAAUUGAUUCCAACUACCCAAUCCGAGCACUGAUUUAUAAUGGAGAUAUUGAUCUUGCAUGUAACUACUUGGGAGAUCAAUGGUUCGUCGAGGAUCUUGUGAAUGGUUACAAUAUGAAAAACACUCUACCAAGACAAGAAUGGAUUUAUACACGUGCUGGAGGGAAUUAUUUGCCAUCAUUGGCCGGUUACGUAAAGUCGUGGACAAAUUCCAACUUUUCAAUUGAUCUUUUGACUGUUAAGGGUGGAGGUCAUAUGGUGCCAAUGGAUCGUCCAGGACCUGCUCUUCAAAUGUUCGUAAACUUUUUGAACAACGCCAAUUAUAGUUUAACAUCAAAUUUCGACUUAACUCCAGCACCAUUGAGACCACAAUAUACUGCGCCUCCGGCAAAGACAUGGACGAGGAAGCAAGCCGAUCGCGUAUGGAAUCUCCCAGGAAUCACGUAUGGGCUCAACUUCAAACAAUAUUCUGGAUAUCUGAACGGUGUUACCGGAAACUAUUUGCACUAUUGGUUCCUCGAAUCGCAAGGAAAUCCAAUGACAGAUCCACUUGUUCUUUGGCUCACUGGUGGCCCAGGAUGCUCGGGAUUGAUGGCGCUUCUCACUGAGUUGGGCCCAUUUCAUCCGAAUCCCGACGGCAAAACAUUGUUCGAAAAUGUGUACUCAUGGAAUAAGGUCGCCAAUGUGUUGUUCUUAGAAUCACCAAGGGGUGUCGGAUUCUCCAUUCAAGAUUUUAACCUCAAUAACGAUACGAUUUGGGAUGAUGAGAGAACAGCCAUUGACACUUAUUUGGCUCUCAAGGAUUUUCUUUCCGUCUAUCCUGAAUACAUCAACCGUCCAUUCUAUGUCACUGGUGAAUCAUACGGUGGUGUGUACGUUCCAACCAUCACUUCACUUCUUAUCGACAAGAUCCAAUCUGGAGAAUUCCCGCAACUCAACCUCAAGGGAAUGUCGAUUGGAAAUGGAGAAUUGUCAGCAAUUCAACAAUUCAAUUCCGCUAUUAUGAUGGGCUACUUCCAUGGGCUUUAUAGCAAAGACGAUUGGGAUUCUCUUCAACAAUGCUGUAAGAAUGCCGACGUAUUCGAGUACUGCGAUUUUUCGCAAUAUGUCUCUUUGGAUACUAGUGGAAAUGCAAUUCCAAAGGAUGACUCAGAUUGUGCAAAGAAGGUCGUUGCGCUUGGGCAGACACGAUUCUGGGAGAGCUUGAAUAACGUCUACAAUAUAUAUCAAGAUUGCUAUGAACAAUCGGAACGCGCAUUUGGAUCGAGAAUGACAAAUUAUGAAAAGCGAAGACUCAUGAAGGGAUUCGUUGACGGAGCUUCUCAAGUUUCCAAGAGCUCAACGGACAAUCAAGGAGGCUUGAUUUGCUACGGAAACGAUAAAGCAGCCAGCUGGAUUAAUCUUCCUGAUGUACGCAGUGCCCUUCAUGUCGCUCAGAAUGCUGGAAAUUGGUCGGCUUGCAACGAUAACAUUAACGAGAAAUAUAUUCAGCAGCACAAUGACACUACUUCAGUGUUUCAACAUAUCUUGGAUUCCAAGUAUCCACUUCACGUUCUUAUUUACAAUGGAGACGUUGAUCAAGCGUGCAACUUUCUGGGAGAUCAAUGGUUUAUUGAAUUUUUCGCUUCAGCCAACCAAAUUCCAGUCACGAAAGCGCGCGAUGUCUGGAGGUAUCAGACGCAAAUCGCCGGCUAUGCCAAAACGUUUGACAAUCAAAAAGGAUUCAAGAUUGAUUUGCUUACAGUGAAGGGAGCUGGACAUCUUGUGCCAACUGAUCGCCCAGGACCAGCCCUUCAAAUGAUGGCUAAUUAUUUCCGCGAUCAAGAUUACAGCAAUCCAACCAUCUUGGACACUCAAUUGCAUCCGCUUAAGAAAACUUAUCAGUUCGCAGAGAAGCUUGCAAGUUCAUUGAACCGAAGUGCCACUGGAAUGCAGCCAGGGUUGGCUAUUAAAAAAAGCAAUGGAAAUCGCUUGGAAAUAAAAAGCAAAAAAAUCAAGAAAUCUAGAAUUAAUGCAGAACGUACCACAAAGAAGGAUCAGCGAGAUGAACUACCGCCACCACCAUUCCAAACAAAAGAUCAAGAUGAAAUUGAAAAUUUGACCGGAUUAACAUUUAAGCCCAACUUCAAGCAAUAUUCUGGAUAUCUCACUGCUUCUGCCAACACUUAUCUUCAUUAUUGGCUCGUCGAAUCGCAAUCAAAUCCUUCAACUGAUCCAUUAAUUCUUUGGCUUAACGGUGGACCAGGAUGUUCUUCACUUGGAGGAUUCCUUGAAGAGCUUGGCCCUUUCCAUGUUAAUGCUGAUGGAGAAACUCUGUUCGAGAAUCAAUUCUCUUGGAACAAGGUUGGAAAUGUAUUGUUCCUGGAAUCCCCAAGAGGCGUUGGAUUUUCAUACACGACGGAUCCAAAUCUGAAUACCUACGAUGACAAUAUGACCACCGCUGACACAAUUCUCGCUCUUCAAUCAUUCUUCGAUAAAUUCCCAGAAUAUAAAAACCGUCCCUUUUACAUCACCGGCGAGUCGUAUGGUGGAGUUUAUGUCCCGACAUUAACAGAAGCCGUUAUUAACAAAAUUUUGGACAAUACUAUGAGCUAUGUGAACCUUUCUGGAAUCGCUAUUGGAAAUGGAGAACUUUCGGAAUACGAUCAAAUUAACUCCGCACAGUCGUUGAUGUACUUUAGAGGUCUUCAUGGAAAGAAUGAUUUUGAUUCUCUCAUUCAAUGUUGUAAUACUUCAACUCCUUUAUCGUACUGUGAUUUCAAACAGUACUAUACUCUCGAUUUGUACGGAAAUGGUUGGCCAUCAAAUCCUGACCCAAAUACACUCGAAGGCAAAUGUGGAAAUCUUGUUAUUCAAACGGUUUUGGAUGUGUGGGAGACUGACAACAACGUUUACAAUACCUACACUGAUUGCUACGACCAAGGUGCUUCAUCAGACUCGAAGUUGAACGAGUUUGCUAAAGGAAUCAAGAAGUCUCGGCGUUCUAAACGCUCUGCUGAUGUCAAUCCGCUUCUUCCAAAACAAUUAUUCGUUGAUCAAGCAAAAAAGAUUAACUAUAAAUCAACCGACGCCAAUAUGGGAUUCUCAUGCUUCUCCGGCGACACAGCAGAGAACUAUUUGAAUAUUCCACAAGUUCGGAAAGAUCUUCACAUCAUCGACCACUACCCACAUUGGGAGGACUGCAAUCUUGAUAUUAAUGAGAAUUACAAACAGUUAAACCAUGACACGACGCCAGUGUUCCAGCGAAUUUUGAGCUCUGGUUAUAAUUUGAACAUUUUGAUCUACAAUGGAGAUGUUGAUAUGGCAUGCCAAUUCCUUGGAGACCAGUGGUUCAUUGAGAGAUUGGCAGCUAGUAAUUCAAUGAGCGUUACCCAAGAACAUGGACCAUGGAAUUAUACACAAGGAUCGUAUCUUCCGAGAGUUGGUGGCUAUUGGAAACAAUUCACCUACAAUAACAAUGAGAAAUCUUCAAAAGUUGUCAUUGAUCAGCUGACAGUGAAGGGAGCUGGACAUUUUGUUCCAAAAGAUCGUCCGGGACCGGCUCUUCAAAUGAUUUACAACUUUGUUAAUCAUUUGAAUUACUAUCGCAAUUUGAGUCUUGAUUAUGCUGAGAAGCCACUUCUUCCUGAAUAUCAACCGGCUCCAGUAAAAAUUGCUCGCCGAGCCGCUGACCGCGUUUUCGAGCUUCCAGGAACUACAUUCCAGCCAACCUUUAUGCAACAUUCGGGAUAUUUGAACACUGCCACGCCAGGAAACAAGUUGUUCUACUGGUUCGUCGAGUCGCAAUCACAAAACGAAAAUGAUCCUAUCAUCCUGUGGCUUCAAGGAGGCCCAGGAUGCGCAUCAACUGGUGGUCUUUUCGGUGAAAUCGGACCAUUCUUUGUCAAUCCUGACGGCGAAACGUUAUUCGAAAACAUUUACUCGUGGAACAAAGCUGCUCAUUUGCUGAUUAUUGACGCGCCAAGAGGAGUUGGAUUUUCUUAUCAAGAUAAGAGUAUCAACAACGACACUCAUUAUAAUGACGACAAUACUGCAUUGGACACCGCUGUUGCCCUUGACGACUUUUUCGAAGCUUACGCGCCGCACCGUGGCGCCGAUUUCUACAUUGCUGGAGAAUCUUAUGGUGGCAUAUAUGUUCCGACAUUGACAAGACUUUUAAUCCAGCGAAUUCAAAGUGGAAUUUCCUCGAUCAACCUCAAGGGAAUGGCCGUUGGAAAUGGUUUCCUAAGCGCAAUUAAUGAUGUUCGGACACUUCCAGACUUCUUGUACCUUCAUGGAAUUUAUGAGAAACAACAAUGGGAAGAAUUGAAGAAGUGUUGCUUACAGCUUGACGCUUCGGAUUCAUGCAACUACGAAUAUUACGUCACUAUCGAUGAAAAUGUCGAAGUUCAUGCAAAGAGCUUCCCUGGUGAUUCGGUAAAGCAAAACUGCGCCAAUCUUGUUGAGCAACUUUCAUUCGACCGCAACUGGAGAGCACUUUACGAUCAAUACAACCUUUACCAGGAUUGUUAUGCGAUUCCAAUGCAAUCCGAUGGAUACCGCAUGGAGGGUGUGCGUCAGAGAGCCAAGAUCGAUUCGAAGAUUCGCGCCAGCUUUGCCAAAAUCAAGAACAAUGACAUGGAUCCGUUGUAUACAGAUGCUGCCGGAGGAUAUUCGUGCUAUCAGUUUGACGCGAUCAAUCACUACUUGAGCAUGUCCCAUGUUCGUGAUGCACUUCAUAUACCAGACUUUGUUCAGAAAUGGGAUUUCUGCGUAGACAUUGAUUAUGCCAGUCAAUACAAUGACACAACCAGCAUUUUCCUUGACAUUCUUACCAGUGGAUACAAGCUCAAGGUUCUUGUAUACAAUGGAGAUGUUGACACUGUGUGCAGCAUGUUUGAAGCACAAUCAAUGAUUUUUGAUUUCGCCAAAUCUACCAAUAUGGUUUCCAAUCAGCCAAGAUCUGCUUGGAUGUAUGGAGGACAGAUUGGAGGCUAUGUACAGAAAUUCCAGACGCAAAAUUUGACAAUUGACCUUCUCACUGUCAAGGGAGCUGGACACAUGGUGCCGUCUGAUAGGCCUGGGCCAGCACUUCAAAUGAUUAACAACUUUGUUCACGGCCAGCCAAAUUACAAUACUAGUGUGACAUUCAGCAUGACUCGCCAGCCUCUACUUGCGCAAUAUACGGAGACUGGAGAUGGAGAUUAUUCGACUUCAGCACCGAGUGGAACCUCAACAACAAAAGCCCCUCAGCCACCAGUGACUGAGAAUACAGUGACUCAAAAUCCAGCAACUGGUGCUGGAACACAGAAUACAACCCCAUCAAUACCGGCAACAACUCAAAAAGUCGACGUUACUACUAAAUCUGCGCCAUCAUCAUUGAUUUAUAUUGUAUCAGCUUUUAUCAUUUCUCGAUUUGCCUUCAAUAUGCAUAUUAAAGCUAUUGUGUACAACAAAACUAGAAAGUACGCUGGACAUACAAUUGAUCUAGAAAUUGGGGACAAUGCCACUGUUGCCGAGGCGAAAUCAAAAAUUGAAGAGAUAACUACGAUUCCAUCGCAAAUUCAAUGGAUCGUUUUUGGAACUAAACACCUUGACGAUCAGAAGAUGCUUCGAGAGUACGGUAUUCGCGACGGCUACACCAUCUACUCGACACCGACAUAUGUCGAAAUCCAGGAUAUGCCUAAUUUGUAA